AUAGGGAGGGAGCGCGCCUGAGAGAGACUGGGAGACGUAGAAUUGACAAGGCAGAGGCUGGGGAGAGAGAGAGAGCGAGAGAGAAGGGGAGAGAGAGAGAGCGAGAGAGAAGGAAAGAGAGAGAGAGAGGAGGGAAGAAGGAGGUGACGGACCUGCUCCUCUGGGAUUCGGCUGCAGCUUUACUGCUCGGUGCUAUCGGCGGGCUCGGCUCACUAAAACGGUCCCCGGCCGUAAAAUAAGGCACCGAUCGAGGAGCGCGUCGAGGCUGUCACUGAGCUCCGAGGAGGAGGAUCUCCGCAGCCGCUGCUUGUAGGGAAAUCUGGAGUAACCGUGAGACGAGGUGGAGGGUGAACGCAGGAUUCAUGGAGGCUGUGCAGCUCCACAGAGCAAAACGCCUGGAUUAACUGACUCUGGACUGGGGGGCAUUACUGCACAGUUUUAAAACAGACGGGACCGUGUUUCUGAACCAUCGCCGAGUCCAACUCCAGCCCGUACGGCGUGUUUUUGUGUUUUUAGCUUGGGCGGUAACGUUUUCGGUGAUCCUCAUCAUGGCGGACCAGGAGGAGACUUUUGGCCUCCAAAACUCUCCCGGUGGCUCGGAUUCAAGGGAAGCACAGAGCGAUAGUAAAUCAGAGAAGCCGAACGGGACCUCGAGCAAAUCCCCAUCGUCCCAGACGACUUACAUCCAGCAGGGAAUGGAGGGCAUAAAAGUCUACCUGCACGAGAGGGAACUGUGGAUGAAGUUUCACGAGGUGGGGACGGAGAUGAUCAUCACCAAAGCCGGAAGGCGAAUGUUCCCCAGCUUCAAAGUGAAGGUCACGGGACUAAACCCCAAAACUAAAUAUAUCCUCCUGAUGGAUGUUGUUCCUGCAGAUGAUCAUCGAUACAAAUUCGCUGAUAAUAAAUGGUCCGUGACCGGGAAGGCAGAGCCCGCCAUGCCCGGGAGGCUCUACGUGCACCCGGACUCUCCAGCCACGGGCGCGCACUGGAUGAGGCAGCUCGUCUCCUUCCAGAAGCUGAAACUGACCAACAACCACCUGGACCCGUUCGGACACAUCAUCUUAAAUUCGAUGCACAAGUACCAGCCCCGGAUCCACAUCGUGAAGGCGGAUGAAAACAACGGCUUUGGCUCCAAAAACACGGCCUUCUGCACGCACGUCUUCCCGGAGACUGCCUUCAUCGCGGUCACGUCCUAUCAGAACCAUAAGAUAACUCAGCUGAAGAUUGAGAACAACCCGUUUGCAAAAGGUUUUCGUGGAAGUGACGACAUGGAGCUGCACAGGAUGUCCAGGAUGCAAAGCACCAAGGAGUAUCCAGUCGUGCCUCGCAGCACAGUGCGACAGAGGGUGGGCUCCAGCCAGAGUCCGUUCAGAGGGGAGGUCCAGGGCCUGGGCACCCCGAGCACCCUGAGCUCCCAGUACUCCCAGUGUGAGAACGGGGUCACCAGCACCUCACAGGACUUGCAGCCCCAGUCGGGCUCCUAUCCCCUGCCACACGAGCACGGCCAGGAGUUCCACUGCAUCAAGAGGAAAGUGGAGGAUGACUGUCACUCCAGUGAGCACAGCUAUAAGAAAGCCUACCCGGAGAGCUCGUCCAGUGAGGAGGACCAUUACUACCGUCCUGUCGGCUACGCCCAGAGCCUCGGCCUGGCCGGGGGGCCCUACCGCAGCGAAUCCAGCCAACGGCAGGCCUGCAUGUACGCCAGCGCAUCGCAGGGGGCCGAGCCCGUUCCCAGUUUGGAGGAUAUCAGCUGCAACACCUGGGCAAGUGUGUCACCCUAUGGGAGUUGCUCCGUCACCACCAUGCAGCCGAUGGAGAGGCUGCCCUACCAGCACUUCUCCGCUCACUUCACCUCAGGGUCUCUGGUGUCCAGACUUGGCGGAGUCGGGGGCCACGCCUCACCGCAGCUGGGCGACGGCCACCACGCGGCCAUGUACCAGAGCUCCAUGGCCCACCCGACUCUGGGCCGCCAGUGCAGCCCAGGUGCUGGGAUCCAGUCGCCAACGUCCGGCCUACAGGGAAACGAGUACCUCUAUACACACGGCAUCCCACGUACAUUAUCCCCACACCAGUACCACACUGUACAUAGUGUCAGCAUCAUGCCAGAGUGGAACGAGAACAGCUAAAAGAGCUUAUUUACCCUCUACAGGUGAAAGGAAAAAAAAAAAGGACCAAAAUCCGGAAGGUUUUAGAUGAAUUUAUAUUUAUACUCUUUAGAGAUGCUGUCCAUCGUAUUGAGAUCAGUGUUGGUUCACUGACGGCCGUGGAUAUUUGUGAGAUGAGGUGUUGACUAUAGGAGAGCAAGCAUCUUCUUACUUAACUUUGUUGUGACAGCGUCUGCACUUAAGAAAAUGACAGAAACAUGAAGAAAGAGGAGCCGGACCAGAACGAACACGAAAGACUUCUCGAGUGCAGACAAAUGCAGACACUGAUCAGAAGAGGGAAACGCUUCAGAUGCUUUUCCAGGCGUCUGGUAGAGUGUGUCUUCAUGCAGUGGAGUUUUUCUUCAGAGACAAGGGAAUAUGUUUUAUCAUUUUUUUAAAAGAACAUUGUCUUCUGUCACAUUAGCUUGAGUUCUCAAUUUCUUUAAAGUGUUUGUAGUUUACAACUUACUUUGUAGUAACAUUGCUAUGAGUUGUUUUUUUGUUUUUGUUUUUAUAUGAAUAAGCAAAUGGGAGCUUUCGUUGUGGCUCUUUGGUGAAUUUGCGCGCUCUUAAAUCUGUAAGAGCGGUUAUUUGGUUUCCUGCUGCAGGGUACAUGUACCUGCACGUCAAAUAAAUUCAUCUUAAUGCUGCAAAACAGAAACAUAGAUAUAUAAGAUCAUGACGUGCAACUGCAUAGACAAUAUCAUUAACAUGACACUAAAGGAGAGAAAACCCAGAUCUGUAAACUGGACCUUAUUUCCCAUAUAUUUUCCUCAUGCAAGAAUUACCAUAAUUAACUAAUAUAUAAGUUUGCAGGGUGCGUUGCAUUUAAAUUAGUCCAGUCAAGAGCCAAAGUGAUUUUAGUUUUUUGACCCUACAUCCAGCUCUCUCUAUUAACGUAAAUAUAAUGAAUCCUUUUUUGACGUUGCAGCAAAAUUAAUACAAAAUCUUUGCAGUGUCCAAUUUUAGGUACUUCCACAUCGUACACUCUUCACUAUGGACUUGUGUAGUAUGUGAAUCUUGAAACAUGGCCGUUGUGCACACCUCAAAUCACGAAAUAGCUGUUAAGUAUUUGCAUUAUCAUUCAUGGUACCAAAUAAUCAUAGACUGCUAAACUAACCCACUAAAUAUACUGAUGGCUUCAAUACAACCACAACAACAGUACAGUGGUAUGAAGUGGAAAAAAAGUUGUGUUUAGACAUUUAUAACUUGAAAUUGUUUGGUGCCGUGUUCACCAUUAUCCCGCCAAAAAGUGGAAUGGGCUCCACCCUCAAAGUAUAAGUGGUCAAGGUGAUGGACGGAUGUAUGUGUUGGCCGUUACGACCAUCGUCCACCAUUUUAACUACUUUGAAAAUAGGUUAAUCUUCCAUCAUUUCACUCACAACAUCUCGGCAGUUACGUGUAGCCUACACCAUCCAGGUCCUAAUGGCGAAACAUCACAUUGCCAUAAUUCACAGUGUGAACCCAACUAAAUUUACCUAAAGCUUUAUUAUCAAUAUUCAAUGCCCCCUAAUCAAUAUUAGUUGAGAAUAAAUUGGUUAAGUCCUGGACCUGUUCUGGUUUUCUAAUCUGCAAAAAAAGCUUUGUUGAAAAACAUUUAAAGCGGAAACAGUCUUGUAUAAAAAUUGAAAUAUUACAAAAUCAACUUUCUACCAAUUGUUAUGUUGUGAUCACAAGGAAAAUGUGGUUUAAACUGUAAAAUAACUGCUUGUUAUUUAUUGGGAUUGUCUCCUGUAACACACUCCACAUACCUGACAGAGAAACAUUGGUCGUCCCUCGUAGGGAAAUGUCUGUUAGUUGCUCUGGAUCAUCCACAUCUUAUUUUGAUAUGUAGACAUAAAUAUUGCAUCACUGUUCAUCUAAAACACCACAAAUAUUUUUGCCGUGUUUCAGCCCUGCAAUUUUGUGAAGGAGAUUUUUUUUUUUUCCUAUCUUUGCGUAAGCUCUGAUUGUGUGUUUCAUGCAGUCUCAUGUUGUACCCAGUGAAUGUGUGUGCUCUCACAUUUUAAGUAUUAACCCUCAAAGUGGCACUUCUCUGACAAUCUAACUCAAUCGACAUGUAAAGUAGCAGUUGGAUACAACGUAGAAUGUAAAUCGGAAAACUCAAACUAAAUUUUACUCUACACGUUAAAGCAGAGGUCGGUUUCACCGUACAAAUGAGUGUAUGUUAGAGGUACGUUUUUACAUGUGGACAAAGGCAACAUUUUUUAAAGGUUUGUAGUCAAUAGAAUGUUAUUUGUCAAUAGUAUUUAUUUUCCAACCAUGUACAUCAGCCUGCUUCUGCAUGUAUCAAAGAUGGAAGGUCCAAUUUCUUUCUUUCUUUCUUUUUUUUUUAUAGCUCUUUUUUUUAUGAUUGUUUAUAGGAUUUUCUAAUCAUACUUAUAUAGAAAACAGGAGAUUGUUAGACGGCCAUCAACAGGUAUCAAAAUAAGAUUAAAACACAUGAAUAAACUUUGUAAAUAAACAUGUACAUAACAGAAUACCUGCAAUAAAUUCAAAAACAAUAA